UUGUGUCACACCACAACAAACGAGAGAGGUUCAGCAGCUGGGGCAGAAACCCCACGGGCUGCGUGGAAACAGACAGAAAUACAGAAGGAUUUUUCCACCCCUCUUCUUAAAUGGAGGUUUUCGCCGCAGCACAGCAGCUGAACUGACGCAGAAGAGUCCGCAGAAAUGGCUAAAACCCAGGAGGUGGAGCGCAUCGCCAAAAAGCUGGAUAAAAUGGUUCAGAAGAAAAACACGGACGGUGCUCUUGAUUUGCUGAGGGAAUUAAAGAACAUGAAGAUGUCUCUGGAGACUCUGCAGUCAACCAGAGUUGGGAUGUCAGUGAACGCAGUGAGGAAACAGAGUUCAGAUGAGGAGGUUCAGACUCUGGCUAAAACUCUCAUCAAGUCCUGGAAGAAACUUCUGGAAGGUGCAGAAGGGAAGUCUGAUGAGAAAAAGAAGGACGUCUCUCCUGUCAGGUCAUCUUCUACCUCCAAGGACUCUGUUACAGCUGAGAAAAGGGAGAAAUCAGUGGAGACCCCGACCUCUCCCACCACACCUACCGCCCCCCAGCGGUUGACCUCCUUCCCCCCCGCCCCCGUCACUGCAGACAAUGUGCGGACCAAGAGUCGAGAGCUGCUGGUGGCUGCUUUGCAAACUGGUGAUGACUUCAAAGCUAUUGGGGUUGACUGUGAGCACCUAGCAGCACAGAUUGAGGACCGGAUAUUUCAGGAAUUCAAGUCGACAGAUAUGAAGUACAAAACCCGCCUGCGAAGCCGCAUCUCCAACCUGAAGGACCAGAAGAACCCGGACCUGAGGCGCAACGUCCUGUGUGGGAACAUCUCCCCUGAACGCAUCGCCUCCAUGACUGCUGAGGAGAUGGCGAGUGCAGAGCUGAAGCAGAUCAGGGAAGCUCUGACUAAAGAAUCCAUCAGAGAACAUCAGCUGUCAAAGGUCGGGGGAACCGAGACGGACAUGUUCAUCUGCAGCAAAUGUCACGGCAAGAACUGUACAUACACACAGGUGCAGACCCGCAGCGCUGAUGAACCCAUGACGACCUUUGUUCUGUGUAACGGCUGUGGGAACAGAUGGAAGGUGAGGAAGUCCCAUCAGUCAUUUACAAUGUUUGUGGGAUCUUGGCAAAAAGUUUCUAAAUCAUGUGAGUCAGGAUCAGUUUAAAUGUUCUGAAGGCUGAUGUUCUACCAGAAGGUGGCAGCAGAGACCGGCCUUACUCUCCUCCUCUUGCUCCACCUUCUCAUUUCACUCCUUCAUCUUGCUCUUCAUGUCCUCUGCUCUUGUUUUUUUCCAGACUUCUUUCCAUUUUUUGUCCCCCCCACCCCUCCUUCCUCCAUCUUCUUCAGUUUCAUCAGUUCAUUCCUUUACCUCCCUCUCAAGUCUCAGACCCUUUACUUUCCUUUUGACCCUCCCAUUUAUUCUCUGCACCUUUCCCCUCCUUAUUAGUCCUUCCUUAAUUCCCCUCUACUAUUCUCCCCUCCUUCAUCCCUCCCUUAUUUAGCUUUGGCUCGUGGUGAGGUGACUAAUUUCCCCUGCUGCUCUAUAUUGCAGCUUGUAAGAAUAAUCGAUGGGAAUCGUGGUACAGAUUUGAAUAAAUACUUAAAAGCUGCUUCCGUUUCCCAGCUGGGUUCAGCAUAAUCAGCCUAAACGGAGAAAUCUCCCACUUUUCCCACUAGCUGGAUGCUACCUUAUUGUUAGAAGCUUAUCACAGCUUGUUCGCUGCAUCUCUUAAGAGGUUUAUACCGAAAGAUCAAGUUUCAGUAAAACUACAAGAUGUUCUAAAUGAGGCUGUCAAAACUGCAAAAAAAGGUUAUUCUUUCUCUAAAAUAUUAUGUGAAAUAACAUUUUAAUGUAUAGUUUUUCAAAUAAGUGAUAAUAUGUACAAACAAGAUUAGGCUUAAUCUCACAGGUUAAGUUUAAUUUUGGUCAUGAAUGUUUUUGGAAAAUGUGAAGAGAUAAGUCGCUUGUA